AUGACAUUGUGCGUAGGCAAUUUGAACCCACUCAUCAACAUUUCACACCUUUUCACGCACCCGGUCCUCACAAAUACAGCUGACUUCCAAUCAUCACCUGUCGUAACUGUCAUUGGUUCCCUUGAAUUUCCGCCUAUUGUGUCGUUCACACAUGAAAAACCGGAGCUAGCUCUUCAACGCACUGAGACCUCCAACACUGCCCUCAGCAACGCCGUUUCUCAACCCUCGGUUUACUUUUCAUCGUCGUCUAAGGCAACCUGGCCGACUGUUGAAAAACUCUUGCGAUCCGAAUCGAUUGCCCAUCAAGUGGAUGGUACUAUUCCUCCUCACUUAGAUCCGGAAUUCGUUAAACGUCGAGCCACCACACUGGCCAUUGAUAUGUCUUCAGAGCGCCAGAGCAAAGCGGCCAAUAGAAGACGCUUAUUCAGUAUCUUCUCGAAACAAUUCAACAGUACUCGUGAAGGUGACAACCUAAGGAGUAAACAGGAGUGCCCUUCGGUGGAUAAUUUCCCCAAUGAAUCCACCGCGUCUCCUAGGGUUGUGCAGAGUUUGGUGGACUCUCUGGGUCGACACAAAUCUGAUCUCAAAUUCUCCGUCUCUGCUCUUCAUGAUAGCAUCGUUCAUAGGGGAGAAAAGAACUGCUUUCAGGUUUAG